AUGCUGAGGGCUUUCAUCUUGUCGCUCGUGAGCCUCGUGGCGGCGCAAGACCGCAUCUUUUCCUCGGCCUUUGGGUACCCCGGCCGCAAUGCAAGCUACGAUUACAUCGUCAUCGGCGGCGGCACCGCCGGCCUAACUAUCGCGUCGCGCCUCGCCGCAACCUCGGCCUCCGUUGCUGUAGUCGAGGCUGGCGGCUUCUACGAGGUCGAAAAUGGCAACAACAGUGUCGUGCCCCUCCUCUCGCUGACCGGCAUCGCCUUCAUCGAUCCAUCGCCAGAGUUCACACCGCAGCCCCUGAUGGACUGGUCCCUGGUCUCGGAACCGAUCGCAGGCGCCGGAGGCCGACGGGUGCACUAUGCGCAGGGGAAAACGCUUGGAGGGUCUUCGGCGAUCAACACCAUGUCGUAUAUCCGCGGGACAAAAGGGUCCUAUGACCUCUGGGCCGAGACAGUUGGCGAUGAGAUGUUUCGUUGGGAGAAUAUGCUCAGGUUUUUCAAGCGCUCUAUCGACCUCACGCCGCCAAACGAGGAGAAGAGGCAGAACACGAAUGCGACUGUGCGGUUCGAUCCUAGUGACUACGACGAGCAGGGAGGCCCGUUGCAGGUUUCUUGGAACAACUGGGUCGACCCGACGCUGACGUGGCUUGCUCAAGUGGUUCUGAGCCUCGGGCUGAGUAUCAGCCCCAAGGGAUUCAGCAGUGGCAAGCUGACGGGAUACGGCGCGUGGGUGCCUUCGACGAUCGAGCCGGAAAAGGCGCAGCGAUCUACGAGCGAAAGCAGCUUCCUACGACAGGCUAUCAAGGACACUGAAAUUUUUGUGUACACUCACACUCUGGCAACUAAGAUCCUGUUCGAUGGUACCAAGGCUGUGGGUGUGAGCGUCAACUCCCAAGGGGUCGAGUUCACCCUGUCUGCUAAUAAAGAAGUCAUCCUCACCGCUGGCACGUUUCACUCUCCGCAACUUCUCCAGGUCUCUGGAAUUGGUCCUCGCGAAAGACUGGAGGCCCUCUCGAUCCCGGUCAUCGCCGACGUCCCCGGCGUGGGACAGAACUUGCAAGAUCCAAUCCAGAUCUUCGUCGCGUACCCCGUUAGCACGCCUUCUGCACAAUCUCUCACUAAUGAUCCAGCCCUCAACCCAGGCUUCGUCGAAGAGUAUCUCAAAUUUGGCACCGGUCCCUACAGUUCCGCUGCAGGCUUUUUGGCGCACGAGCGGCUUCCCAACUCUACUCUCGCCAAUCUCACGCAAACAACUCGCGACAAGCUUGCUUCGGUUCCUUCUGACUGGCCCCAGCUUUCCUUCAUCGUAGGAUCCUUCUCAACUGGGCCAGGACAAACUAGCGGGACUCUCGCUGCUUACCUCCCUCUCGUUUUCUCCCGCGGUAACGUCACUAUAUCGUCAGUUUCCAUUGACGCGAAGCCGGUCAUCAACUUGAAUUGGUUAUCCGACUCCGCCGAUGUAGAAAUAGCUGUCACGGCCGUCAAGCGGCUACGUACGGCUUGGGCCUCACCAUUCGCCAAUACUCCCGGAUUCAAGACUGGCCCUGAGCUGCUCCCAGGAGAUUCGGUGCAGACCGACGAACAGAUACUGGAGUAUGUGAGGGCUAACGUGGGGCAAGUGUGGCAUCCUGUGUCCACUGCUGCCAUGGGAAAAGAGGAAGACGUCACAUCGGGCAAGGCGGUGGUAGACAGCCGCGGGCGUGUGUUUGGUGUCCAGGGGCUGAGAGUCGCUGAUGCGAGCGCUUUUCCAUUUGCUCUGCCGGGACACCCUCAGUCUUCUGUGUACGCUUUGGCAGAGAAGAUUGCGGAGGACAUAAUUAUUGGUCGUUGA